AUGGAAAUACACAAAGAUGGUUCAAAGUACUGGAUACCACCCACAACAAAAGAGAAAACACCGUUCGAAGGACAGCGAUUUGAAACAGUUGAAAACGGAAUCGAAUUCUACGAGGAAUAUGCUAAGGAAGCCGGAUUUGAUGUUAGGCAUGGAACAAAGCGUAGGAAUCGAUUCGGGCAAGUGUCAAUAAAAUACAUGCUGUGCUCACGGGAGGGUUACAAGGCCGAACGGAAAGAACCCAAUAAUAGCUCAAAAGAAAAACAGAGACGGAGGAGAGUGUCAAACAGGAUAGGCUGUAAGGCACGUAUGGUAAUAACAAAGUGUGACGAGGGCGGAUAUAAAGUACAUGCAAUCCAGUUGCGACAUACCCACUGUCUAUGCUCAGAUGCGGCCAAACCUUUUUUAAAGAUAAAUCGGCAACUUGACAUCGGCCACAAAACCUUCUUGACGCACUGUGCAAAGGCAAACAUCGGUCCCACAAAGGCUUUCAGACUGUUCAAAGAGAUGGUGGGCACUUUCACAGAUGUAGGAGCAACGUGCAUUGACUUCUGCAAUUUUAGACGAGACCUAUUGGCCUAUAUAGCUGAGGCCGACGCCCAAAUGGUGAUAGAAGACAUGUUUAAAAGAAAAGAGGACAACCCGGACUUCUAUUUCGAUUUCGACAUAGACGAAGAAGCUCAAUUAACAAGGUUAUUCUGGGCAGACGCGGAAUGCCGAAGGAACUACGCAUAUUAUGGAGAUGUCAUGUCAUUCGACGCCACUUACAACACAAACAGGUACAAGUUAGUGUUCGUCCCUUUCACAGGGGUGGAUAACCACAAAAGAUGCAUAACAUUUGGGGCAGGGUUGAUUUCAAAAGAAGAUGUAGAGUCAUAUGAGUGGCUACUCAUGAAGUUCAAGACUGCAAUGGAAUACACCCCAAGAUGUGCUACAACUGACCAAGAUCCAGCACUAAAAAUAGUUGUCCCACAAAUUAUGCCAACAACAAGACACAGAUUCUGUAUGUGGCACAUCAUGGCAAAAGUUGGGGAAAAAGUAGGGGUCACACUGUGGCACACCACAGACUUCAAAAAGGAAUUAAAUAACACCGUAUGGGAUGACACAUUAACAAUAGAUGAAUUUGAGAGGAAAUGGACAACACUAAUGAAGGACUACAAUCUUGAAGCCCACCGGUGGUUUGCCCAACUCUACGAGGCACGUGCAUCAUGGAUACCUGCUUACUUCAACGACAUACUAAUGGGAGGAUUACUAAGGACCACAUCCCGAUCAGAAUCAGAAAACCACUACUUUGGUAAAUUUACAAACCACCACUGCAGCUUGGUAGAAUUCAUGGCACAAUACAACAGUGCAAUCGGAGAACAGAGGCACAACCAAUCAAAACUCAACGCAGAAAAUGAAGGUUCGUACCCUGAAACUAAAACCCCUUUGAGUAUUGAGAAACACGCUGCUAGAGUUUACACCGUAAACAUAUUCUAUGAAUUCCAAAAAGAGAUAUGGGAUUCCAGUUUCAAAUGCCACAUCACCGACAAAAAUAACCUAGGUGAUACAUGGACUUAUCAAGUUGAAGAAACAGGUGGAAAAAUUUAUGAAGUAACAGAAAUCCCAAGCACGGAGCAAAUAGAGUGUGCAUGCAAGCACUUCAACCGUGUCGGUAUACUAUGCAAGCAUGUGAUACAAGUGAUGAAGACACGAGGGUAUGAAACAAUCCCACAAAAGUAUAUUACCCCACGGUGGACACGAGACGCAUGUGCACAGCCAUUAUACGAUGUCCCAUGGGCAAAAAGAGCAAAAAUUCACAAGACAACCGAAACAACAAAAGUGGCAAAUCAACUAUGGAAUGAAUUCUACAACUGCAUGGGAUUAGUGAACGGUUGGCCAGACAAGAUGGAAAAAAUGUUGGAAACAUUGCAGCAACUCAAGAAAGACCUAGAAAAUGAGAGGCAACAAACACAAGAGCACCCACCCAACGAAUGUGUGUUUGAAAGACUAAUCGGAUCAAGCAGGCCGAGCGACAUACAAAUAAAACCCCCCCAAGUUGCAAAGAACAAAGGGAGUGGGAAGAGACUCAAAAGCAACAGAGAGAAAGCCGCCACGAACAACCAGAAGAAAAAAGCAAGAACAUGCAAUAUAUGCGAUCUCCCCGGGCACAACAGUCGCACCUGUCCAAAUAAACUGGCAUAA